ACAAGAACUUCAUGCUUUGACUCAUGUAAAUGCAGCAGGGUUAAAAAACAAAUUUGAUGUCACGUGGAAACAGGCAAAAAAUAUUGUACAACAUUGUACCCAGUGUCAAGUACUACACCUGCCCACCCAAGAGGCAGGAGUUAAUCCCAGAGGUCUGUGUCCUAACGCAUUAUGGCAAAUGGAUGUUACCCAUGUACCUUCAUUUGGAAAAUUAUCAUAUGUUCAUGUAACAGUUGAUACUUAUUCACAUUUCAUAUGGGCAACAUGCCAGACAGGAGAAAGUACUUCCCAUGUUAAAAAACAUUUAUUAUCUUGUUUUGCUGUGAUGGGAGUUCCAGAAAAAAUUAAAACUGACAAUGGACCAGGUUAUUGUAGUAAAGCUUUCCAAAAAUUCUUAAAUCAGUGGAAUAUUACACAUACAACAGGAAUUCCUUAUAAUUCCCAAGGACAGGCCAUAGUUGAAAGAACUAAUAGAACACUCAAAACUCAGUUAGUUAAACAAAAAAAAGGGGGAGACAGUAAGGAGUGUACCUCUCCUCAGAUGCAGCUUAAUCUAGCACUCUAUACUUUAAAUUUUUUAAACAUUUAUAGAGAUCAGACUACUACUUCUGCAGAACAACAUCUUACGGGUAAAAAGAACAGUCCACAUGAAGGAAAACUGAUUUGGUGGAAAGACAACAAAAAUAGGACAUGGGAGAUAGGGAAGGUGAUAACCUGGGGAAGAGGUUUUGCUUGUGUUUCACCAGGAGAAAAUCAGCUUCCUGUUUGGAUACCCACUAGACAUUUGAAGUUCUACAAUGAACCCAUCGGAGAUGCAAAGGAAAGCGCCUCCACGGAGACGGAAACACCGCAAUCAGGCACCAUUGACUCGCAGGAUAAAUCAAGUGGUGAUAUUAGAAAAACAGAUGAAGUCACCACGCACCAAGAAGGCGGAGCUGCCAACCUGGGCACAGUUAAAGAAGCUGACACUGUUAGCUAGAAAAAGCCUAGCUAGCACAAAGGUGACACAAACCUCAGAAAAAAUGCUGUUUGCAGCUUUAAUGGUUGUAUCAACAGUGUGUGCCGGACCAGUCGAAGAAUCCUGCGCCAAAAUCGAGAGAACGAACAAGCCUUCAUCGCCAUGGCACAUUUAUAUAGAGGAAAAGGGAGGGAGAAUGUUGCGGGAAGUCAGGGACCUUGAACUGAGGGACUGGCUGAAGCCACAGCAGAAAAGCAUAAAAUAUGAAGAUUUCAUGGACAUUUUAUUAGUUUUCCAAACUUUAUACUUUUGUAAUAUCUUAUGUCUUUACUUUAAUCUUUUAAUCCCAUCAUCUUCUUUGUAAGCUGAGGAGGAUAUAUGUCACCUCAGGAUCCUGUGAUGAUUGCCUUAACUACACAAAUUGUAGAGGACGUGUGUUUGAACAAUACGAAAACUGGGCAUCUUGAAAAAAAAGAACGAGAUAACAGUGGUGUUCAGGAAACAAGGGAGGUAACCUUAAACUGGCCGCCGGUGAGCCGGACGGAACAGAGCCAUAUCUUUUCUCCUUUUGCACACAAAUAGGAAAGAUAUCGCUGAAUUCUUUUUCUCAGCAAGGAAUAUCCCUGAGAAAGAGAAUGCGCUCUGAGGGUAGGCCUAUGAACGACCCCCUUGGAGGCGUGCCGCCUUUUACGGUUGAAGCCGAAGGGAUGAAAUAAGCCCCGGCCUCCUGUAGUGCUCCCAGGCUUAUUAGGAUGAGGAAAUUCCCACCUAAUAAAUUUUGGCCAGUCAGGUUGUCUGCUCUCAAACCCUAUUUCCUGAUAAAAUGUUAUCAAUGACUAUGCGUGCCCAAAAAUUUCGUUGGCAAUUUUAAUUUCAAUUUUAACACCGACCUGUGAACUCAUCCUGCCUCCACUUGCUUUGUGAUAUUCUAUUACCUUGUGAAGUAUGUAAUCUCUGUAUCGUGAUGACAAUGGUAGUCUUGUUGAAAAGAAAAGGGGGAAAUGUGGGGAAAAGAAAGAGAGAUCAGCCUGUUACUGUGUCUAUAUAGAAGGAAGUAGACAUAAGAGACUCCAUUUA